AUGUCGAUUCAAACACAGGAGGCGCAUGACAUGUCUCUGAAGUCCUUGUCGCUAAUUGCGACACAUUCGCACAUUGUUGGCCUGGGACUGGACGAGAACCUACAGCCUAAGCCGAGCUCGCAGGGAAUGGUGGGCCAGUUACAGGCGCGGAGGGCCGCAGGCGUGAUUCUCAAAAUGGUGCAGAACGGUACGAUUGCCGGGCGGGCCGUGUUGGUUGCUGGUCCGCCGUCGACCGGCAAAACGGCGCUGGCGAUGGGCUUGUCGCAGUCACUGGGCGCAGAUGUGCCCUUCACAGCGAUGGCAGGGUCAGAGAUAUUCUCGUUGGAGCUAUCCAAGACCGAGGCCUUGACUCAGGCGUUCCGGAAGUCGAUUGGUGUCAAGAUCAAGGAGGACACGGAGCUGAUAGAGGGUGAGGUAGUGGAAAUCCAGAUCGACCGGUCCAUCACCGGCGGCCACAAGCAGGGCAAGCUUACGAUCAAGACGACGGACAUGGAGACGAUAUACGAGCUAGGCAACAAGAUGAUCGACGGGCUGACAAAGGAGAAGGUGCUGGCCGGCGACGUCAUUUCGAUUGACAAGGCGUGCGGGAAGAUCACGAAGCUGGGGAGAUCGUUUGCUCGCUCACGCGACUACGACGCGAUGGGGCCAGACACCAAGUUCGUGCAAUGCCCCGAGGGCGAACUACAGAAGCGCAAGAGUGUGGUGCAUACUGUGUCGCUGCACGAAAUCGACGUGAUCAACUCUCGCACCCAGGGCUUCUUAGCGUUGUUCACGGGCGACACUGGUGAAAUCAGGUCAGAGGUCCGCGACCAGAUUAACACGAAGGUUGCUGAGUGGAAAGAGGAGGGCAAGGCCGAGAUCGUUCCGGGCGUGCUUUUCAUUGACGAGGUCCAUAUGCUGGACAUCGAAUGCUUUUCGUUCAUCAACCGUGCUCUGGAAGACGAGUUUGCGCCAAUAGUGAUCAUGGCAACCAACAGAGGUAUCUCCAAGACGCGUGGUACCAACUACAAAUCUCCGCACGGGUUGCCGCUGGAUCUGUUGGACCGCUCGAUCAUCAUCACUACGCAGAAUUACUCCGAGCAAGAGAUCAAGACCAUUUUGUCCAUCCGGUCUCAAGAGGAGGAGGUCGAAUUGACAGAAGAUGCCCUUGAUUUGUUGACGAAGAUCGGCGGUGAAACGUCGCUGCGUUACAGCAGCAACCUCAUCGCGGUCUCCCAGCAAAUAGCCCAGAAAAGAAAGUCCAGUUCCGUUGACGUCCAGGAUGUGAAGCGUGCAUACCUGCUGUUCCUCGACAGCACGCGGUCCGCGAAGUACUUACAGGAAUAUGAGUCUCGCUAUAUCGACGACCACGGUAGAGUGGACAUCUCGACCACCGGUCGCAAUGCUGACGCUAUGGAUACAAACGAAUGA